AGACACCCCCCCCAUCUCCCCACAGGAUGCCCUGAAGUUCAUGCACAUGAGCAAGCGGCGGAAGCUGACCACGGGCGACGUGGACUACGCCUUGAAACUGAAAAACGUGGAGCCGCUCUACGGCUUCCACGCCCAGGAGUUCAUCCCCUUCCGCUACGCUAGCGGGGGCGGGCGGGAGCUCUACUUCUACGAGGAGAAGGAAGUGGAUCUGAGCGACAUCAUUAACACGCCACUGCCCCGCGUCCCGCUGGACGUCUGCCUCAAAGCUCACUGGCUCAGCAUCGAAGGCACCCAGCCCGCCAUCCCCGAGAACCCGCCCCCCGAGAAAUGCCCUUGGUGGACCUUUGUGCCCCGCCCCAGAGGUGGCUGCAUCUCAAUGCCUGGCAAGGGGUCCCUGUGUAACCGGCCACCCCGCCCCAGAGGUGGCCGCAUCUCUGCGCCAGGUGAAGGGUCCCUGGGUAACUGGCUGCGCCGCUCCAUGGGUGGCUGCAUCUCAGCGCCGGGCGAGGGGUCUCUGUGUAACUGGCUGUCCUGCCCCAGAGGUGGCCGGCAUCUCAGCGCUGGGCCGAGGGGUCCCUGUGUAACCAGCUGCCACCGCCCCAGAGGUGGCCCGCAUCUCAGCGCUGGGCGAGGGGUCCACUGUGUAACUAGCCGCACCCCCCCCACUGGGGUGGCUCACUCAUCAGCACUGGGUGAGGCAAUCCAACUGUCACCCAAGGGAGCCAGCAGAAAAGCGGAGGCCAUACAGGCCGCUGAAAUCGCACGAAGCCCGGGCAGGAGGAAGAACUGGCCCCCUGAAGGGCCAGGGGCAGAGCGCAGCCUGCCCCCUGGAUGCAAAGCCCCCCGGGCAGUGACUCCCCCUGUAAACUGGAGGGCCCUUGGGGGGGUGGGGAGCUGGGCCAGCCCCCCAGCGCCGUCCCCUGACCAGGUCUCCCCCCAGGUGCGUGUGAAUGUGGUGCAGAAUAAUCUGGCGCUGCUUAUCUACCUGAUGCGGAUGGUGAAGGCGCUGAUGGACAACCCCACCCUGUACCUGGAGAAAUACCUGCACGAGCUGAUCCCGGCCGUGAUGACCUGUAUUGUGAGCCGGCAGCUCUGCCUGCGGCCGGACGUGGACAAUCACUGGGCCCUGCGGGACUUCGCUGCCCGCCUCAUCGCCCAGAUCUGCAAGAACUUCAGCACCACCACCAACAACAUCCAGUCCCGCAUCACCAAGACCUUCACCAAGAGCUGGGUGGACGAGAAGACGCCCUGGACCACGCGGUACGGCUCCAUCGCCGGGCUGGCCGAGCUGGGUCACGACGUGAUCAAGACCCUGAUCCUGCCGCGGCUGCAGGUGGAGGGCGAGCGGGUGCGCGCCGUCGUGGAGGGGCCGGUUGUCAGCAACAUCGACAAGAUUGGGGCCGACCACGUCCAGAGUCUGCUGCUGAAGCACUGUGCCCCGGUGCUGGCCAAGAUCCGCCCGCCGCCCGACAACCAGGACUCCUACAAGGCCGACUUCGGCUCUCUGGGGUCCCUGCUCUGCACCCAUGUGGUGAAAGCCCGGGCGCAGGCCGCGAUGCAAGCCCAGCAGGUCAACCGCACCACCCUCACCAUCACCCAGCCCCGCCCGACGCUGACCCUGUCCCAGGCCCCCCAGGGUCCCCCGCGGGCCCCAAGCAUCAUCAAAGUGCCCAGCUCCAUCACGCUGCCCGUGCAGACCCUGGUGUCCGGCCGCACGGCCGCCCCUACCCAGCCCCCACCGCAUGCCUCCCCACCCCGCUACCAAGUACAUUGUCAGGUCCUCCCCUCCGCGAAGCAGCGCUUCAGAGGUUGA